AUGAAUACGCAGAGUGCGUUCGUCGCCUCGGUUGUCCUGACUUGGAUGUCUGCCUGUAUUGUAGACUGUGCCUUGCCACAAGGGUGUAUGAAACUACCUCCUGCCAGACAACUUAAGAAUCUGACGUCACUGAAUCUAAGAUGGGACGAUAUCGAAAUUGUUGACUGGCUUCAACUUCGCAAUUUGCCAGCGAUAGAAUAUCUGCAAAUGGCUCACAAUAAAAUCUCGCACGUUAAUCUCGGCGUCGUUAUAAAGUACCUUCCAAAUUUAGGGGCGGUCGAUUUUUCAAGCAACAGAAUCAAAUCUGGAAUAACAAACAACGGCUGUGAAGUUACCGAGUCCAUCGGAAACAGGAAGCAGGUAGUCUCUUGCGCGUUCGUGCGACUGAAGUUAAAAACCCUCCCUCUCGAGUCAGAGAUACCGGCAAACGUGUUCCACCUCCAUGCCCUGUUCAACGAUUUUGCUAACCUCACUUAUAUUCCACAUCUUCCCAACUUGCAGCAUUUAGAUUUAAAGUUUAACAACAUUGAAACUGUCUCGUGGAUGUCAUUAAGAAAUAUGCCGUCUUUAGCCUUCCUUUACUUAUCCUUCAACAGAAUCUCUCAUGUAGAUUUGAGUGAGGUUAUCAAAAAUCUCACAAAACUACAGUUCGUAGAUUUAUCGAGCAACAUGAUCACGUCAGUCUCUGAAAGACAGUUGGGACUUCCCUUCAUCAAGCAGGUUAAUCUCAACCACAACCCUUUUCGUUGUGAUUGUGCGAUGUUGUGGCUGAUGGAAAAACUAAAAUGUUUACAAGGACAUUGCAGCUCAUAA